GAGUAUCACGCAUGCGCGUAGUACACCGAAGGCCUUGAAAAUUUCUGGUGUAGGUUCCAAAUGACAAGAAAUUUCUCUACGGGAAUCUAAAAUGCACCACGCCAGUUUUGCUGUCUCUGUCCAGAUAUUUAGGAAGUGGAGCAAGGGAUUCACUCGAUCAUCCUUCCUGCUCAGGCUGUGGGGAGGAUUUCACUCUAUCAUCUGACCGACUGGCACGCCUGUCAUUUUAAACAGGUGAUUCCCCUUCAUCUGCUCAGACUGUAUGAAUGGAUUCAGAUAUUUCAGCUAAAGGGACAUCAGCAAGUUCACACUGGGACAAUGCCAUUCACCUGAUCUCUGUGUGAGAAGGGAUUCAGUAGGUGUUCCCUCCUGUGAACAAACCUGUCAAUUCACACUGGGGCAGAGGCCUUUCACCCGCUCAGACUGUGUGAAGGGAUUCACUAAGUCAUCCACCCUAAUGGCUCACCAACGAGUUCACACUGGGGAGAGGCCGUUCACCUGCUCAGACUGUGGGAAAGGCUUCAGCUGCUCAUCUAAACUGAAGGUACAUCAGAGAAUUCACACUGGGGAGCGGCCAUUCACCUGCUCAGACUGUGGGAAGGGAUUCACUCAGUCAUCUGAACUGAAGGUACAUCAGAGAGUUCACACUGGGGAGCGGCCGUUCACCUGCUCAGACUGUGGGAAGGGAUUCACUCAGUCAUCUAAAUUGAAGGUACAUCAGCAAGUGCACACUGGGGAGAGGCCAUUCCCCUGCUCAGACUGUGGGAAGAGAUUCACUCAGUCAGCCCACCUACGAGCACACAGGUCAGUUCACACUGGGGAGAGGCUGUUUACCUGUUCAUACUGUGGGAAGGGAUUCAUUUUGUCGACUCAGCUACUGAGACACCAGUCAGCUCACACUGGGGAGAAGCCAUACACCUGCUCAGUGUGUGGGAAGGGAUUCACUCGGUCAUCCGCCCUAAUGGCACACCGGUCAGUACACUCUGGGGAGAAGCCAUUCACCUGCUCAAGCCUGAAUUAUACCUCUGAGUAGGCACUAUGGUGUAGCAUAUGCAGUAGCCCAUGCAUGUUGUCUACACAGUUGUGAGCAUUUCUACUUGUGUGUUUGUGUGCCUGCGUUGCUCUGCCAAAACGCUAGUUGGUGUUGGGGUGCUAUUCCACUGUGUUGAAUUGACUCGAGUGGAGUUGG